AUGCAGCUGAACGACCAGUACGGUCCUUACCUUUACGCCGCAUUGAUGCUUUUCAGCACCAUCAUCUUGGCUUUCCCAUUGGCUGUUGCCUCUUGGCCGCACAUCGAAGCCUGUCGUAAAGCCUGGCCUGCUGAGCCCUGUGCCUACAUCGCCGGGAACGCAAUGGUACUAGGUACCUGCGAGAGCGUAUGCGAAACGACCAACUGUCCCAACAACUUAGUCUGCAAGCCUCGACGCUGGACUCGUCACUGCGACAAUUGUGGUGGAGAUCUCAACACGGGCAGUAACCGUGGAAGCACUCAUGGAACUGACCACGGUCCGACCAUCCUCUGA